GACCCAUUACCUUCCAAUCCGACAGAGGGGGAGUCUGUGGUAAGGUGGCGUAUCGUCUCUCUCCGCGUCCCCCCUCCUCGCCGUUUACAUGUGGAAAAAGGAGAGACAGAAAGAAAAGGGAAAAAAUAACACACCGAGUAAGCUUUAUUCCGGUUUCGGGUGAGGGGCACCGAGGCACGAUCCGCGGUGAUGGACCUAAGGAAUAUUUAACAUCAAACAUGGACACUACAGACUCCCCGCGAUGACUGUGCUCUCACUCCUGGUGCUGUGAGGAGCUCUGCCUCGUGGACACUAUUUAGGAGCAUCGUCCUAUUUUAUCCCUUCCUUCCCCAUAACCCCUUCCCUUCCUCACCCUCCGCCAAUCCCAACCGCCCACAGAACGGCUUCCCUGUAGAUACUCCUUCCUCUUGCAUAACACAGGAACAAAUAAGUAUUCGGAUCAUAUACGGUGCACGUUGGGACUUUGUGAAGGCGCACAAGUAAGCAUACAUAGAGUUGGAACAAAACACAACAAAAGCAAUAGACAGAGGAAGAUAUGCUUAUCAAAGGAAUUACAUUUUUGGAAAACUGACGAUGUAAAGAUUCAUAUUUUGUACAUUAAACUUUUAAAUAAUAAAAAAAAACAAGGCACGACUACAAACAUUUUGCACGCACAAUCCCCAUUUAGUUUUAUUCAAUAACCUGACACACAAACCACGGUCUCAUGAUGAUGUGCGAGGUAAUGCCCACCAUUUCUGAGGAUGGGCGAAGUGGAACUGGCGGGGGUACUACCUCACCUCCCGGGACAGGAGUCGGGGGCCCCGGAGGUGCAGGUGGAGCAGGAGGCUUCAGUGGGAAAGAGGCCAGGGGCGGAGGAGACGAAGGAGGAAGCACGGGGAACCUGGAGUCCUUAAUGGUCAACAUGCUGACAGAGAGGGAGAGGCUGCUGGAUAACCUGAGGGAGACGCAGGACUGCCUGGGAACGGCUCAGCUCCGCCUGCGAGACCUCGGCCACGAAAAGGAGUCCCUUCAGAGGCAGCUGACCAUCGCCCUGCCACAGGAGUUUGCUGUGUUGACUAAAGAUCUGAACGUUUGCCGGGAGCAGCUUCUGGAGAGGGAGGAGGAGAUUGCCGAGCUCAAGGCGGAGAGAAACAACACGCGUUUGUUGCUGGAGCACCUGGAGUGUCUGGUGUCUCGCCAUGAGCGCAGUCUGAGGAUGACGGUGGUGAAAAGACAAGCCCAGUCCCCGGCAGGGGUUUCCAGUGAGGUGGAAGUCCUCAAGGCCCUCAAGUCUCUGUUUGAGCACCACAAGGCUCUGGAUGAGAAGGUCCGAGAGAGGCUCCGUGUGGCCCUCGAAAGGGUGUCCUUGCUAGAGGACCAGCUUGCAACAUCUGCUCAAGAGGUAAUCUCUUUAAGAGACCAAAUUAAAAGACGUCAACAAGGGGCGGACGGCGGGAAAGAUCGACUACCCAAUGGGCCCUCCACUGGCCUGGAGGAGAGCGAGCUGGAGAGGCAGCGAGAAGGAGAGAUAGAGCGGCAGAGAUCUGAACUCUCCCAGCUGAGGGAGAGGCUGGCCCUCAUGUGUCGCCAGGUUGGGGAAAUAGAGGAACAGCUUGCGGCCGCCAGGAGGGAGGUGACGAAGUCGGAGGAGGCCAAUCAGAAGCUCCAAAGGGAAGUGAAAGAGGCUCUUUGCCAAAGGGAGGACAUGGAGGAAAGGAUUACUACACUAGAACGCAGGUACCUCAGCGCCCAGAGGGAGGCGACUUCUCUCCAUGAUAUCAAAGACAAGCUGGAAAACGAGCUGGCCAGCAAGGAAUCACUGCACAGACAGAGUGAAGAGAAGAACAGACAGCUGCAGGAACGUCUGGAUGAAGCCAAGCAGAAGCUCCAGCAGACCCUGCAGAGGGCUGAGACGCUGCCUGAGAUCGAGGCCCAGCUUGCCCAAAGGGUUGCUGCUCUCAACAAGGCAGAGGAACGGCAUGGAAACUUUGAGGAGCGACUACGACAAAUGGAGGCUCAACUCGAGGAGAAGAACCAAGAGCUACAGAGGGCGAGGCAGAGGGAGAAGAUGAAUGAUGAACACAACAAACGCCUCUCAGAUACAGUGGACAAGCUUCUGUCCGAGUCCAAUGAGAGGCUGCAGCUCCACCUCAAAGAGAGGAUGGCAGCGCUAGAGGAGAAGAAUGCUCUAUCAGAGGAACUGUCUAACAUGAAGAAAAUCCAAGAUGAUCUCAUAGCUAAUAAGGAACAACUCCUUGCUGAGCUGGAGCGAAUCCAACUGGAGCUAGAUCAGCUGAGAGGCAGGCCUGGCUCUUAUUCCAGGGCGGGCAGCGUGAGCUCUCUUCCCUCCACCCUCUUUCGAAGAUCUCUUCCAGGGAGCGCCUCAGAGCUGCGGUACCCUCAGGGCGGAGGCUCGCUCCCGUCCGGCUACACCAACUCCACUACUGGGAUGGUGGUCAGGCGGACGCACCGAGGUCGCUGGGGGGCUCGAGACGACAGCAACAAGUAUGGAGAGUGGGACAGCGGCUCCAUGCUUGGUCCCGGGUAUGAUGGUGGAGACGGAGGCUGCUCUGACGAUGAGGACGACCGGGAGACUCUGUUCGGGUCGGAGCUGCUGUCUCCCAGCGGACAGACAGAUGUACAGACUCUGGCCAUCAUGCUGCAGGAGCAACUGGAGGCCAUCAACAAGGAGAUUAAGCUCAUUCAGGAGGAAAAGGAGAGCACAGAGCUGAGGGCCGAAGAGAUAGAGAGCCGGGUCAGCAGCGUGGCCCUCGAUGCCCCAUCUCUUCCCCCCUCCUCACUGGGAGGACGGGACAGCGUCGGGAGGGGAUACAUGACUCCCUCCAUCACCUCCUCCACGUUGGCGUCUCCCUCACCUCCCAGUUCUGGACAUUCGACGCCCCGCCUGCCACAUUCCCCUGCCAGAGAGAAUGACAGACAGAAUAGCAAAGAUGGUGAAGAAUGCAGAGCUCUUGCCCUGAUUGACUCCAACACUCCCGCGGUUCCUCGAGCCCUGCGAUUGGACAGAAUGACACACACUCACCCGGGAGCAGGACUCGACGACCUCCGUGAAUUUCGCAGUCUCUCUGCUGACGGUUCUACCACCGCCAGCCAGGAUUCCCUCCACAAGGUCAACAAAAAGAAAAGCAUUAAGUCCUCAAUUGGUCGUCUCUUUGGCAAAAAGGAAAAAGGGAGGAUCGGUACACCUGGUCGGGAAUCUUCCUCACUGGCCUCCACACCCUCUGAUGACCUGGGUUCUGACCCGUUAGGCCUGGCUAAACUUGGGACUGGAACAGUGGAGAAAGACCGCCGCAGCAAAAAGAAACAUGACCUGUUAGAAGAAGCCUGUCGCCAAGGUCUGCCUUUUGCCUCAUGGGACGGCCCGACCGUUGUAACGUGGCUUGAGCUGUGGGUAGGCAUGCCAGCAUGGUAUGUGGCAGCGUGUCGUGCAAACGUGAAAAGCGGCGCCAUCAUGGCCAACCUCUCGGACACAGAGAUCCAGCGGGAGAUCGGCAUAAGCAACCCUCUCCACCGGCUCAAACUCCGCCUGGCCAUUCAGGAAAUGGUCUCCCUCACCAGUCCGUCUGCACCUGCCAGCACUCGCUCUUCGACCAGUAAUAUUUGGAUGACGCAUGCUGAGAUGGAGUCUCUCGCUGCUGCCGUCAAGCCAGAGCAAAAGGAGUUCAGCUGGGAUCAGAUCCUGGCCUAUGGAGACAUGAACCAUGAGUGGGUUGGAAACGAAUGGCUGCCCAGCCUGGGUCUGCCCCAGUACCGGUCCUACUUCAUGGAGUCUCUGGUGGAUGCCCGUAUGCUUGAUCACCUCACCAAGAAGGAACUGAGGGGCCAGCUGAAGAUGGUGGACAGUUUCCACAGGGUGAGUCUUCACUAUGGCAUCAUGUGCUUGAAGCGCUUAAACUAUGACAGGAAGGAGCUGGAGAGGAGGAGGGACGAGAGCCAACACCACAACCAAGAUGUCAUGGUGUGGUCCAAUGAGCGAGUGAUGUGUUGGGUGCAGGCUAUCGGUCUGAAGGAGUUUGCUGACAACCUGUUAGAAAGCGGGGUGCACGGGGCCCUCCUGGCACUAGAUGACACCUUCGACUACACUGACUUGGCCCUCCUGCUCCAGAUACCCAAUCAGAACACACAGGCGAGGCAGCUCCUGGAGAAGGAGUACAACGGUCUCAUCACCAUGGGAACAGAAAGGAGGCCAGAUGAGGACGGCUCAAAAACAUUUACACGGUCACCGUCAUGGAGGAAAAUGUUCCGGGAGAAGGACCUCCGCGGCGUGACGUCCGACUCUUCAGAGACAUUACCUGCCAACUUCCGUGCCUCCGCCAUCUCGACCCCCUCCGUCACCCUGAGAAAAGUCCAGAGUGAAGUAGGUCCGAGAGGAGAGUCGGGGUCCGUCAGAACAUAUUCCUGCUAAAAGAUAAGCACACCAGAGCCCCGCCUCUAUCCUAACCCGAGGAAGAAAAAAAAUCACAUUUUUUGAAGAAAAAAAGGAUCAAAAUCAAAAAUGGACUCUAAGAAGAUGACCAACAAGAUUUACACGAGAUGUCUCGAAGAAUGAAAGACACUGAGUGAAUGAAUUCUGAAGAGAGUGAAUGUCUGUUUAUCCAUCUGUUUCUCUCUCUCCCUCCCUCUGUCUCUCUCUAUCCCUCUCUUCCUCUCACCCCAUCUUGAUCCAUAGUUGUGGCAUGACGCUGUUUGAUUCUGUAGAAAGUGGCCUGUAGAAAGUGACCAUCGCCUAUCGUGAAUACAUAUCCUGUUUUUGAGUGUGAGAUGGCAAUAUUGACACAAUGAUUUUUUUGUAUUUUAAAAAUUGGAAACUGCAUUCCAGUUCGUAUUGGGAGAAAGAAACCCCUUCAGGUGAUCUCAAUAUGAUUUAGACUAAAAAUAGAACAUACUCUGACUAGAAACAUCACAACACAAUAGAGUCUGGGGAGAGGGAGGUUCAAAGAGAGCGUGUGAGCGUACACAGGGGAAAUUAAAUGUAUGCUCUUAAGCCAUAACAGACAUGAGAUGCACAAAUGUGAAUAUGACAGACAAUGAGACGUUUAGCCAAGUGCUUUAUGACAAAAUCCUGUUCAAAGUGGGGAAAAAAAGAGGUAAGCAUUUGUGUUAAUAUGCAUGCCAAAAUCAACCAUUCUAGAGUGAACGUCAUGAUAUCAAUCAUCUAAUGAUCUGGAAGCUUGGGUCAGGACUUUGUAAAAUGUGUGUAUUUUAUUUGUAUAAUUUUUUAUGAUAAAUGCUAUUGUAUGUAUGUAUAGUGUGUGUGUAUGUGUGUGUGAGUGUGCGUGCGUGUGUGUGCGUGCGUGUGUGUGUAUUAAACUGUACGUUCAUUUCAUACCUAGUUUUAAGACUGACUGUAACUUAAUUUUAAGUUGAAAAGGGAAAUAUGUUUUAAAUUAUGGACAUUUAAGAUAUGCUACUUGUAUGUGUACAUUUUGAAGAAAAAAAAACAAAUUG